UGGUCCAAGUUUGGAGAGACGAAAAGUUUGCAUGUAUGGGAAGAUAAUCAUUAUUUGUAGUUAAUAAUUGAUAACAGCGUCACUGUCAAUGCGAAGAAAGAAGUUACCGAAGACACGGAGAAAGCAUUCAAAGGGAAAUAGUAUCGUGUGAUUGCGGGAGACAAUUGAAUAAUGCAUCGUAGGUGUUUAUCAUCGGCAGAGUGUUUUAACUGAGGAAAACACUUUCAGUGAUAGAAAAAUUAACAAUGGCUGGCGGCGGUGCUCUCAACCUCUCACUUCUCAGUCGCGGAGUUGGUGAGGUUCAAACGAAUGGGCACGAAAAAGUUGAAGUGUUCCUUGAGCCAGAGGACUACUACAACUUCCGCGAUGUGCCACAACGCUACUACUUCCCACCAAUCAAACACAAGUACACCAUGCUGCAAGACAUGCCCGAACUGUCCUCCCGAGAAUCACGUGAUCACCAAGAAAUUCAUCUUCCGAAAACUUUCACGACCAGGAAAGGAGCUCUGUUGCUGUUUUCGGAAGAUCUGGCGUUACGUGACAGCGAAAGGGAACAAACUGAACGCCAACAGACUAAACCUGUGUCGAAAAGUUCAGACGGAGCCCUGGAUUUACGAACAGUUGACGAUUUAGCAAAGAGUAUUUUGUCUUAUGGUAAUCAUGACAAUAACAGUGUAUACUUGAAAUUUUUGCAUCGAAAGCGAGAGAAACAUUACCGACAAAUUCGACCAGGGUUUUCAGCAAAGCGUUACCUAGCAACAUGGACCAAAAGCUGGGACGACAGUGUGUUAGAAACAGUGAUUAAUAAAGGUUACAUAACAGAGCGAUCCCUUUUCCAAUAUAACUUCGUGAUUCCACAUCUAAAGCGCCGGAUAUUCCAUGAAGACUUGUCACACUAUCCCCCGCCAUAUCGGCUGAUGAGGAACAUGCUGAUAUCCCCCGGCAGCCUGUCUGGGUAUACCUUCUACAGGGCGGUGCCAGAGCUGGACGAUAUGAUUGAUCAGUAUCAGGACCGUGAACUUGAAGGGGAGUCCAUGAGGUCACGACCUCCGACCUCUAUUAAGGUCAUCCGCACCCGCAAUGGAGAACAGCGAGAAGUGAGUUAUGCAAGCCUGGAUAGGAAGUCCCAGGAAGAGGUUAUUACUGACUUACUGGUGAAGAGUGCUGUGCAUUAUGCUCUCAAGAAACAACAGGAGUACCUGACCGAGGACAUCGACCAGAUGGAGGCAGCGAACGCCGACAUCCAUGCAUCAACGUACGCGGAGAGCGAGAGAAAGGUCUCCAGCUCAAUGAAAACCCCAGUGCCACAGUUCGACAUGAAGGAAGCAGUAGAGUCCCUGUUAGAUUCCCAUCGACAGCAGCAACUUGAUGUUGACUUUCCGGCAAUCGACAACCAGUCUCACAGCUCCGACUAUGGUGGCUCUUUCAAGGGAUCCAAUAUUCCAUCCCAUGCCGUUAAAGGACAUUCUGCCCAGAAUCGAAGUUGGCCAUAUGGAAUUGACGAAGCAGGAAAGGAGUACAUUGGCAUUGCACCUGUCGUAUCACUACGAGAAAGUAGUUCCUCCCCCUCCGGUUCGGUGACAAGUAUCCCCCAGCUUCCUGCUAUCUCCAGACAUCCACUUACCCCCAUAAAGGAUGUCAGCAGAGAAACAACCUACCAGAAUAUCACACUGCCACCCAUAUUUGGACAAGAUGGUGUUCCGAUGGUUAAUGUUGAGCCUCCAACGCCACAACACUCCACGUUGAUGAAUACAACGGAGACGGAUGGUCGACCUGUUCCUCCGAAACCAUCAAAGGAUGAAGAUGAACAAUGGAGAGGGUCUGAUAGACGGAAGAAACACAAGAAGGCAUCACAGUCCAGUUCAGAGAGAGUCCUAUACCUAUAUGGAAUCAUUAUUAUCACUACGAACAAGUCUCCGCGGGUGUCCGAUGGCAGCAGGGGAUCCAACCUCCACAGCAGCAGCGAGAGCAUCGCCCACAGCGGAAUCCAGUCCAUUCCCAGCAAACAGAGGCCCCACUGGAAGGGGAGCCAUCAGAGCCUGAAGAGUGUUGGCUCCAAGAAGGGACCCGGCAGCGUCAUUGGUGACGGCUCCUUGAAGGGCAGCAUCAUCUGCGCCCCUGACGGUGAGAUCAUCAACGUUGGUGGAUCUGUUGGACCGUCUAAACAUGGUGACGUGGCACAACUACAAGAUGUCAUGCGUGUCAACAAGAGAGUGGGCGAUGGUGAGGUUGCGGAGUCCAUCCCAUCAGACACGGACGAACCAGAGGAAUGGAAGGAGUCCCGGAGGAGGGUCCACAUGGACGCCAAGGAAGAGAGAAGGUCGUCUCGCAAAGAUUCAGAAACUGUCAGAGAGCUUGAUGCAUCUGCAUCCAUCCAUCAAUGGAACUAUGCCAGCAGUGAUCAGGGACGAUCCCUGGCACCAGCGGCGCCAACUCUCAUUGCCAGACAUGUAGAAACAGAAUCCUCCGCUUCUGAGCAGCUGUUAGUGGAUGCUCUCACUGAGCAUGCUCAGAAGAUUGCUCAGAGCGUCCUGAGUCAGUCGGAGGCGGGUCACAAUCUCGAGACGGACAUCAGGCAAGCUGCAUCAUUGUGGGCCGAUCGUCACCCUACCCGGGAUAUUUCUCGCAGUCAGUCUGUGCAGGAACCAACCAACACUGAUGCUAUAGAACAGAUUAUGAAGAAACAUCGGACAACGAGUGCUGAUCCUACAGCUGCAGAAUAUCGGGAAGAGAUCCGCCGCAAUCUUACAACUGCAGUUGCCACGGCAGCAGGUCUGACCCCGGAUGCCUUUCCACCUGAUGCAGAGAUCAGCCCUGAGCUGCUGGAGGCGCUGGCCAAGAACUCUGUGAGCCCCGAGGACAUUGAGAUGGUCAAGGAUGAGGAGAGUGGGAAAAACACGCUCAGGUCCAAGAGUCAGCUCUCUAAGGCCAUGGGAGGUGUUAAGGAAGGACAUCUCUUUGUAUCACCAGGAGGGGAUGAGGAGAGCAAACCUACCAUCUCAAUCCCAUCAGACAGAGCAUCUGUCAAGGAUGUCGGAGAUGUUGACGUCAUCAGCUAUGGAGUGCCAGAACCUGGCGACCUGAUAGAACCUGACCGACGGUCAAAAGGCAGCUCAAAGCACUCUCGUCCAUCGUGGAUGGAGGGUAGAGGAGACAAGAUAUAUACUACUCAAAAAGCAAGACACCCGAAGUUGUCUCCCCUGCUGUUGUCUCCCCUGCUGCUGACAUUCCCAAACCACACGCAAAGGGAGAUAACUCCAUUAAAAUCUGCCACCAGUGAACAUGGCAGCACCAAGACUGGUGUGUCUAAAUCAUCUCAGAAGACCGACGACUCUAAGGGCACCAAGAAGAAGAAACCGGUGUCCAUUGAGGACAGAGAGGAGUUUGUUGUUGGUAAAGUGGAAGACAAGAAGGAGCUGGAGAAACUGUAUGGCCCCGUCGAUCCCCCACCCCCACCAAAACCAUCCCCACCUAAAAUGCAAGAAAAGACAGAACCGGCAGUUGUUACCCCUCCAGAACCACCAAAGCUUGAACAGGAAUCUCCACAAGAAGGUCGAGUUGAGAAAAAGUCGGAGCUGUCCAGUCUUUAUUCUCAGAUACCACCUCCACCAGCAAAGAAAGAUGUGAAGGUAAUGUUGUCGGCACCUAGAUUGUGUAUGUACUUUUCAUAUAGCUGCCCUUACAUCAAUGUUCAUGUCAACAUUUGUGGUCUUCCUAGGCAAACCAAAAGCAAAGCCAAAGGUAGAGAAGCCAGCUCCUCCCAAGAAAGAAGAGAAGAAGAAAAAGGAAAAGAAGACAAAAGUCAAGAAGGAGAAGGUGGAGAAAGCCCCACCCCCCAAGGCGCCAUCUCCACCCCCAGUAGAAGCCCCCAAACCACAAACCCCCAAGAGAGAUUCCCCGAGCCAGAAGAGAUUAUUGCACCAUCCCCUGAUAACAAGUCCGAGGACAUGGAGUUUGUGUUUGUGCGGGAACAGUCAGAAAGUCCCGAGAUGAAGAAGCAAACACCUUUGCCCCGUGAACCCCCGCCGCCACCACCAGAGCCUGUAGCUGAAGUGGAAUCGGAGGGCGAGGACUUACCCGACGACGAGGGGGGCAACCGCAAGCCGAUAUCCAACAAAGACGCACGGCAGGCAAAGCGAAAUGCAGCAGCGGCCAAGAAGCGAGAGGAAGUGGAGCGGAGAAGGAAAGAGAAGGAGGAAGAGGUGAGGCGGCAGAGAGAAGAGGCUGACAGACAAGAACAGCUCAGGAAUGAAAUGGAAGAAGAGAGGAAGAGGAGAGAUGAAGAGAGGAGACUGCGAAAACUUCGGGAAGAGGAGGAGAGAAAGAAAGAGGAUCAGGCAGCCCUUGAACGGGAAAGGAGGAAGCAGAUGGAGCUGGAGAGGGAGAAGAGAGCAAAGGAGGAAUACCAGAGGAAGCUGGAGGAAAUGAAGAAGAAACAGGCUGAGGAGGAACAGAGGAGGAUAGAGGCCAUGUUGGAGAAGCAGAGAGAGGAAGAAGAGCGUCGAAGAGAAGAGGAAGAGAUGAUGUCCCAGAUGGCUGAACAGGAACGUCUUCAGUAUGAACGCAAGAAACAAGAGGAGGAAGAGCAAAGGCGACAGAGGGAAGAGGAAGAAAAGAAACGACGAGAAGAAGAGGCACAGCGAGCUCUGGAAGAAGCAAAACGAUUGGCUGAGGAGAUGGCUCGUCGUCAGGCUGAACUGGAAGCAAGGCUCAAGUUUAACCGUGACCUUCAGCUGGAGUCUCAUGGGUUGAACCACACCCAGGAUAUUACCAAGAUGUUCGUUUUCUCCUACUUUGAACUUCUGCAAUGGCUUGGACUGGACAUCCCAGAGUUCGACCUACAGAAACUUGCUCAGUUUUAAUACAUACCAUCGCAGGUCCAGUAGCAUUUAGCUGUUCAUCUUCAGGUGUAUGGAGAAAAAUUACCGUCAUCACCUGGCAAACUGUCACGGCAGCUAUAGCAUAGCAAGGCAGUUGUUCGGGAUUGACGAGUCAAGGAUAGUGUCUCAAUUCAUUUGUCAUCAUACACGUAAUAAUACAUGUGACAUGACUGAAAGAAUCAUGACUGGGAGAUAUUGUUUCAAAUACAUAGUUUCCUCUAUUAGAUGCCCUUGUGUACAUAGACAUCUUUUCAGGUGACAUCUGUUAGAGGCCCAGCGUCUGUUCUGUUUAAUGUUAUCACAGUGUUAACUCACUACCUUACCAAAUUCCAAAAAGGACACACUUGCAUUAACAUGUCACAGUAUUCCAGUUUAAUAAAGACCCGGGCCAUGUUUCAC